CUUUUAUCAAAUCAAGGCAUUAUCGCUAAAGCGGAUCCAUAUCGAAAUACAUAAUUAAUUUGAAUGUAUUAGAAUAAAAUUAGAUUAGAAAUUUUACUCAUUUGAGACGAUAUGAUACUUCUUUGGCUGUAAACGGAACUCUCUUAACCCUAAAAGAUUUCAAAUCGUGCGAGAAAUUUCACAAGAAGUGCGCUUAAACCACGGACAGCGAGCGCAGCCUCUGUUUGGGAAACUCUAUGGUACAUAAUAUCAAAAUGGCCGCCCCACAGAAACCUUGGGAGCGAGGGGCCGGCCAAUACAAUCAUAGUUCGUUCUCGUCAGUCGGUGACUUUGGACGAGGGCCAGUCAAUCAACAUUCGUCAUCAUCUGGUCUAGCCUUAUCUGGAUCAUCGGGUUCUGGGCCAGCUGUUUCCAGGGCGCCACCACCAUUACCAUCCCGUCCAUCACAGCAGAGUUCAGGGUUCGGCUCCCCUCUCAAUCGGUAUGGUGGCUUUGGAUACAGCAGUGGCUAUGGAGGCUUUGGGAACAAUUUUGGCAGCUAUGGUGGGAUGUACGGAGGCAGCGGCCUGUACGGAGGGGGUUUGUACGGUGGAGGGGGCAUGUUUGGGGGAGGGGGAUACUACGGACAAGGGCAGUUUGGCCGUGGUGGGGACCCAGGAGCUUUCAACCAGUUCCUCCGCCAGGCAGAGGAGAACAGCCGGCCGGCCUUCCAGUCCAUCGAGAGCAUUGUCCAGGCCUUUGGCUCCAUCAGCAUGAUGAUGGAGUCCACCCUACAGACUGUUUACAACAGCUUCCGGGCCGUGCUGGGCGUUGCCGACCACUUCUCCCGGCUAAAAGUCCACUUGGCCCACAUCUUCACUGCGCUGGCCCUCUUCCGAACACUGCGCUACCUGUACCGGCGGCUGCUGGUGUUUUUGGGCUUACGGAGCCGAGAGUUUGCAGAGGAGCUGUGGAAGGAAGCACAAGGAGCAGGGACUGGGGAACUGGAGAAGGUUAACGGGCAGAAGAAACCGGGGGCGCCCUCUUGGCCCAUUUUCAUGUUCUUUGCAGUGGUUGUCGGUGGACCUUACAUCAUUUGGAAGCUGCUGUCCUCUGCUGAGAAUGACUCACAAGAUCAACCAGCUUGGGCUAGUGGCGAGGACGAUCAUGUGGUGGCCAGGGCAGAGUUUGACUUUGAUGCAGAGGGAAGCAAUGAGCUUUCAUUCAAAGCAGGUGCAAUGAUGAACCUAGCACCCAAAGAGAUGCAGCCCAAAGUCAGGGGGUGGGUGUUGGCGAGCGUGGAUGGUCAGUCCACGGGCCUGGUCCCUGCAAACUACAUCAAAAUCCUGGGCAAGCGGCGCGGCCGGCAGAUCCGGGCCGGCCCCGAGGGACAGAAUGAGGAGUCCAAGGCCCAAUCAGAAACUCCUUCAGAACAGGCAGUAGCCAUGGGUUCAGGCCUACAGGGGAGUAGCACAAGGGCAAGUUCAGCUCUGCCCGCCAGCCACAGCGAAUUCAACCUGGCAGCCUUUGAUGAGGCCUUCGUGGAGGCGCCUGCGAGCCACGCCACUGGGCCUGCACUCCCGGCGGGUUUGGACGGUGAGUGGUCUGCCUGGGAGAAGGAACAGACUGAGGUUGGCCCCAGUGCCCCGUCUGAUGGAAUGGAGGCGGCUGAAAAAUUAAGCGGCUAGAUUGUCAUCUCAAACCCUGCAUUGAGAGAACCACUUUCUCCGAUUUUUUUUGGCCAUUGCAACCAGUGUUAAUGUCCAUGAAGCAUGUAACAAAGUUGAAAACUGGCUGCAAAGAUUAAAUAGACACAGUUUGACCAGUUUGUUUAACCACAGUUUAUUGGGUUCAAAACAACUUGACUGUUUUGAAGAAACACAGAGUUUCCACAGUCAUUUCAUUUAGUAGACAAUAAAAAGGGCAUCUCUUUAAGACCUAUGGUGGUGUUAUGAGCUUUCAUUCAUCAUUUGGAAAAUUCAGUAGGAAAUAAAUUUCACUCAAACUAGACUUUAUAAAGAUCAACAGACAGUGCAUACGUGUGCAUCUGAUUCUGUGCAGAUAUGAACAAAUACAUGUACAUUUUUCAAUUUCCCAGGGAAAGCUUUGCACACCCUAAUGGAAAAAAAUUAGUUGAUCUGAACUUCAUAAUGUUGGCCCUAGAAGUCAUUACAGUAGUAAAAUAUGUGCUGCUCGCACUGCCUGAUAAGUUAAUAACUUCUCUUACUCCUUUAGCCCUAAAUGCUGAGGGUGUAUGUAAAAUAUUAAAAUCAGAGAAUUAGGGACUGUUAGGGCUGUUGUAAGUGCCUAGCAUCAUUUUGUCACCUGUAAACGACCCUCCAGAUCUUCAUUUGAUUCGUUUAUUUUGAUUGAUUCUAACAUGGUCCAUAACUGUGUUUUCUGCUUUCCUGCCAUACCAUUGUGAAGCACAUGUACAAGUUAUCAUUACAGGCUUUCUUUGCAAAGUGGCUCCAAUACUGUAUCACGUUUCCCAUUGAACAAGUCCGCAGGUGCGUGCAGUCGUCCUUGUUAAUCUGCACAUUUCCAAAGUGCUUUUAAUCCUUAUUUGGAUCAGAUGAUCCACUGACUUUGCUAAUGUCAGUUUCUAUCCUUGAAGUAAGCAAAUUUUGAACAACUAAUUGUGUCUGUUAAUACAUUGUAGGUGUAAAAUAGAUAAAGUUCGUUAAUUAGAAAAUAA